GGAAACAACAGAGAUAACUGACCCUGUAUGGGGGGUGGAAGAGAAGACUGCAGUAUAAAGAUCACACACAUUCUACAGCUAAGAGCCACCACAGAUGCUUGAACACUGAUACGACUAUACUGUUCUGUUGUAUUUCUCCACAGAAACCUGUGUCAAGUAAGUGACUUUAGGAUUUGUUUAGUGUGACAACAGAUUUUACUGUUGUUGUUUUUUUUGUGGUAUUUUUUUCCUAGAUUUAUUGGUAAGCUGUAGGUAGGGAGACUGUUGGACAUUUGUUGACAUAAGCGAUGGCUUUAGCUGGAUCAAGCUUCCAAGGGGGCUUGGAGACUCUAUGGAGACAAGAUAAAGAAUUGACGGGGGAAGGGCACAAUAUAGAGGCAGAUCGAGAGGGAAAAGGGCAUGCAAGGGAGUCAGUACAGUAAGAUAGCUCUAGAGAGAGGGCUAGCUGAAAAAGAGGAUGAUAAGGUUCAAGAAGUGAAAGAAGAGCGGGCAGUUGAUGGAGAGCAGAAAGGGGUGAUAGAUGAUGUGGAUACAACAAGGGUAUACAGCAGAGACUCAUAUGCCAGAGAAACGUUCAAAGCCCUGGAGCAGCUCAGGGACUCGUCUCUCCUCACUGACCUGACUCUGAGCACUGAGAAUGGACAGCGUCUCCACGCACACUCCCCUGUCCUGGCUGCUGUCAGCUCCCUGGUACAUCACUCCCUAACACACCAGAGGCUGCCCAAGUGGGAUGAAGACAUGGAGAAGAUGAGGGAGAGGAGAGAUACAAACAGAGAUAUGAACAUACAGACAGAGAUAUUCAUCAGUCUGGGUUCUGAGGUGAGGUGUGUAGGGCUGGCAGGGGUCACCGAGUUUGCCUACACUGGUGCCAUAGCAGCUCUGAACAGAGAUUCACUGGCCCAGAUACAGAUUGCAGCUAAAACACUAGGGGUCCCCAGAGUUCUAGAUCUCUGCAGGAAAGAGGAGGGGAAGAUGAAGAAGGGAGUAGAGAAGAGGACUGAAGAAAAGAAGGUAUCUGCUGAAGAACAGAUGAAGCUCACUCUUCAGUCAAUCAGACAGCUGUGGAAAGAGGGAGUGGGCUGUGAUGUGGAGCUGGAGGUUGAUGGGACAUCAUUCCAUGUCCACAAAGUGCUCAUGGCUGCCAGUAGUGACUUCUUCCGGGGAAUGUUCACCAGCGGGAUGAAGGAAUCCCAGCAGCCCUGUGUGGCCCUUCCCUUCCUGGAGGCUGCUGAGCUGGAGGCCAUGAUUGGCUGCUCCUACAGUGGGUCCCUCCCCCUCAGCUGGGGGCGUGUCUUUGAGAUUACCUGUACCGCCCUCCAGCUCCAGUUCCAGCCUGCCCUCUCGCUGUGCCUCAACUUCCUGGAACAGGAAAUCGAUGCUCACUCCUGCCUGGACGUGGCCUCCUUCGCUGAGGCUUAUGGGAUGCCGGAACUCCUCGAAGUGGCAAACAGUUUUGUCCUGAGACACUUCCAAAAAGUGGCAGCCACCCCUAAAUUUCAAGACCUGCCAGCCAAGAAGCUUAGAAGAUAUCUGAAAAGCGAUUCCCUCUUUGUGCCCUCUGAGCUUGUCGUCUUCAAGGCUGUGGUGGCUUGGAUCGAGGCGUGUCCCAGCAAAAGGCUUAAACUCACCAAAGAGCUGAUGAAGAAAGUACACUUUCCCCUCAUGAACGUCAAGGAGUUCAAUGAAGUUAAAACCACAAAACUGUGGUCUGAACGCAACACGGAAGGUCUCUACCUGACUAUACUGAAGGACUUUCACUCCCAUCACGUUGCACCUCGAACCCUGUGCAGGGUUUACUUGCCAAAGGACAGUCUAGUCUUGGUGGGUGGAGAUCAGAUCUCUGCCGACUUUAGCCGCCGAUCUCCCAGCCGAGAACUGUGGUUCGGAAACUCUCUGAGGAACUACACAGGCAUUGUAAAGAAUGUGGAAUGGAGGUUGCUUGGCGAGAUGCCAAAGCCACCAAGGCUAAGUCACGAGGUGGCGGUACUCACAGGGAAGUUGUACGUGGUCGGGGGACAGAGUUAUGAAGGCACACUUGACGUUUUCAACUCGACCUACAGAUAUGAUCCGCUUCAGAACCUCUGGGAGAGGUUGGCUGACUUGCAUAAGACAAGGUGCAACUUUUCCAUGGUUGUGCUGGACAGGAUGAUAUAUGCCAUUGGAGGGGACAUUGAUCCAGAAACUAACCUGGAUAGUGUGGAGCGCUACUGUCCAAACACAGAUACCUGGAGCUUUUCGCGACCCUUGGAUAUGACAUUGAGCUGCCAUGCUGCCACAAUGUUGGAUGGAAAGAUUUUCAUCUCAGGGGGGUUGGACUGCAGGCACCAGUGUCGAGUAUCCAUGUUUCUGUACCACCCUGAGAGAGGAACCACCUACCUGGCCGAGAUGAGCCAACCUCGAGCCCGUCACUGCAUGGAGACUUUAAACGGCAAUCUUUACGUGGCAGGAGGUGUCACUGUUGAUGAAAACAUGACGUCUAUCGACCAGCUGGCCUGUGAGGUCUAUGACUCGGUUAGUGACCUUUGGAGUGCUCUCACACCCCUGGCCGUCCCCCAUGUUGGAGCAGCCUCUGUGGUUCUGGAGGGGAUGCUCUAUGUGCUGGGAGGAUACUGCCAAGAGGACUACAGGGAGACCAGACUGGUUCAUCGUUAUGAUCCCACCAUCCAAUUUUGGGAGAAUAUGGGCGAGAUGCCAGGACCAAACACUGACAUACGAGCCUGUUUGCUGCAUCUACCCAACCACUUAAGACAAUGACACAUCACUAUAAAUCCCAUAAGACUACACUACAUUUGUCAGGGAACAGAAACGGAACCGGGAAUGAAAGUGAGUCAUAGUGUUCUGGAACAGAACCGUUAUUUUAAACGCAUGGGGCUGGAUAUUAACGUUUUUUAUGUUCCGGGUAUUUUUUUCAAGUCCCACAAAAAUACGCAACAAAGCAUAUUUUGAAUCCUUGUGCCACUGUGAACACAGAAGCUUGUUAGCUAGUGUAUGAAUUUUAUGAAUAAUUACUAAAUGAUGUAUACAUUUAACGUAGAAAUAUAACUAACAGAAUUCUACCCUGUCUCUGUAUAAUGAUAAAUAAUGUUUGUCCAUAAGAAAGAGGGACUAUUAGCAGGCAAGGAACUGUGGCAGACCAAUUGUGAUUUACCAUCACCAAAUGGACAGGCUGAAAUCAACACCAACGAGCAAUGGAGAGGAACCACUAUCACUGCUAUGCCAUCCUGAGUUCAACAAGCCAGACAAUUGGGCAUUUCAGCAGUAUAUUAGAGCAUGUCCAAUUCGUGAAGGUUAAAUGCCCAUUGUUAUACAUUGGAAAUGGACAGUUUACAUUUGUACAUUUCCAAUGUAUUUAAUGAGGAUUUGCCAUCACCAAAUGAACUUGCUUAAAUCAACACCAACGAACGAGGGAGAGGAACCAGUAUCACUGCUAGGGCAUCUCGAGUUCAACAAGCAAGACAAUUGGGCAUUUCAGCAAUAUAUAACAGCAGGUCUAAUUCGUGAUGGUAAAUGCCCACUAAUGUAUUGCUAAUGGACAGUGUUCAAUACACAUAAUACAUUGCCAGUCUUAACAUGUUAUACUGCAGUUGAACAGUGUCCAUUGCUAAUAUAUAGCAAUUGGACAGUGUCCAUUACACAUAUGCUAUAUUGCCAGUGUGAACAUGCUCUUCUGCAAGUUGACAGUGUCCAUUGCCAAUGUAUAUUCAUAAGGACUUCCCAUUACGAAAUGGACAUGCUGAAUCAACAUCAACGAGAAAUUCUGACUUCUUAUGACUUCCUAUGAUCAAACUUGACAAAUAGACCUUCUAGGUUGAUUCAGGGCUUAACUUCUUCUUAACGCUCUUUUAAUUUUGGGAUAAAAAAACGUUCCCGUUUUAAACAAGAUAUUUUGUCACGAAAAGAUGCUCGACUAUGCAUAUAAUUGACAGCUUGGGAAAGAAAACACUCAGACGUUUCCAAAACUGCAAAGAUAUUAUCUGUGAGUGCCACAGAACUGAUGCUACAGGCGAAACCAAGAUGAAAUUUCAAACAGGAAAUGCCCCAGAUUUUGAAGGCGCUGUGUUCCAAUGUCUCCUUAUAUGGCUGUGAAUGCGCAAGGAAUGAGCCUACACUUUCUGUCGUUUCCCCAAGGUGUCUGCAGCAUUGUGACGUUUACCAGGCUUCAGAGGAGAAACCCAACUGCCAUGAAUGACUUAUCAUCGAAUAGAUAUGUGAAAAACACCUUGAGGAUUGAUUCUAAACAACGUUUGCCAUGUUUCUGUCGAUAUUAUGGAGUUCAUUUGGAAAAAAGUUUGGCGUUGUAAUGACUGAAUUUUCGGGGGGUUUUCUUAGCCAAACGUGAUGAACAAAACGGAGAGAUUUCUCCUACACAAAUAAUCUUUUUGGAAAAACUGAACAUUUGCUAUCUAACUGAGAGUCUCCUCAUUGAAAACAUCCAAAGUUCUUCAAAGGUAAACGAUUUUAUUUGAAUGCUUUUCUUGUUUUUGUGAAAAUGUUGCCUGCUGAAUG